AUGAAGGUAAGCAUGUUUUAGCUAUGUUUUAAACUAGGAAUUAUUUUGAAUGAAUAACAAAACAAUUAUUGACUGAGGCUGAGCAUCAUAUGAAGAAUUAUGGAGAUCUCGGAGGGUGUUAUCCGCCUCGGCCUACGGCCUCGACGUAUAACACCUUCCUCAAUCUCCAUAAUUCUGCACAAGAUAGUCAGCCUCAUUCAUUAAUUGUUUAAUUCUUUUACUGCAGAUAUUUUAUUUCAACUUAACACUUACCCAUGUAGUUCGUUCUUUAACUUCGUGGAGUGACAGCACCUUAUAGCGGGAAUGUUUAUCCGUAUUAUGUAGAAUUCUGUUGAAGCUUCUGCUCAUGUAUUGGCAGUUUCAUGUUCUGCAUGCAUUCUUAUUCGCUACCUAUACUUCCGGUUCAAACACUUUCCGUAUCUUGGAGGGCCAUAUUGCAUUAUUAACAAACUUAUUGUGUCUUAGGGGAAGCCGUGACACAAACAAAGUUUCUAAAGAAAGGGUUUUUUCCCAGUUUCGGAAGUGUGAAACCUUGACACUCAAAAUUUUUUGUCUUGGUUUGAAGGAAGGGCAAAAGACGUUUCAUGUACGAUAGAUUAAUUGUACAUUUAAUUUGGAGGAUGCAAAACUGCAAAACGUCUUGGUGAAUUUACUCACGCCAGAUCUUUUGACAACGGAUUACUGCAACUACGGUAAAUUUCACUCUUUGCUCAAAUAAAGAAAAAUCAAAGCAAAUGGUAUUACACAACUAAAAUCUAUUUGGUUACUAUGACUUGUGUUUCUCCAAGCUGAUUAUGUCAUAGGCACGUUCCUAAAUCAAACGGAAAAUAAACGAAUGAUUAAUUAAAAUAAUUCCCAAAGUAGUCCGCAACGAGUACUUUUCCCUUCGACAAUGAAAACGCUGCCAUAAGCGAAAAAUAAAUAACAUUCUAAUAAUAUAAAAUAGAAAAGAGUGAAUCAAAUAUCAACUUCAUUAGGGAAAUCUCCGGUAUACGGCUUCGUCAUUUUCUUUGAAAGUAUCAUUUAUAUAUCCUCGGUGAAGUUUGUUUAGAUUCCCCGGCUAUUUGACAAACUCGAAUAGCUAAGCGAACUUGUGUCAUCAAGAAGUUGAUACGGUCCAGUCGUCUUCACACCAAGACACAAUCGAUAUCGAAACGCUGGUAAAUUUGAAAGGAAGACAUUCUACACAAUACGUAAGUAACCUUAUUAUAGUCAAGCGUAGACAGGGUAUUUCGAGGAAACAAAAUUUUCUACUGGCAAAAUAAAUAUUUCCAGGCCAUAAUAUUUGUCAUAUACAGCACUUGUCAAUAUUUGUGGGAAGUAAAUAAUUAUAGAAGGCGCUAUCUAUCUGUAAGUAUAGAAAGAAACAGAUGGUAUAUUCGGUAUAUUUUAAAGCUGCAAACAGUGAUACAUGUGAGUAAUUAUAAUUAUAGCGGUUGCGUGCUAAAGUUCCCCUUCAUGAAUUACAAAAUCGUUUUAGCGUCACGCGAUCAAAUUCACAGUCACGAAAGCUUUUAUUAGGCUUUCAUCAGACCAAAAAACGCGUUUUAAAUCCAAUAGCACAUGAAAUAGAACAAUGAGUUUAAAUUUUUUAAGGGGAAUUUUUUCCCAUCGAAGAAGAGCGUGCUCUCAUUUAAAGGAAGGAUUUAAAUGAAUUGUUUCCACAAGGCUGUAAACGUAAACAUGCUGGGCACUAAGGGAAUCCCCUGUUCGAUUAUGUAUGCAGAUUAGGCUACGGGGAAGUUUAAGCUUUCGGUUUCAUACUUGGUUGGGAUUUUUACCAGCUGACGAAUUGAUGUUAUUUCUAUUUAUUUUUCUCUAAUGUUCUUUUAAAAAUUAAAAGUUGAACGUAUAACUGUCUUCCUUAAUUAUGAAUAACAUUCACAACAAUCUUAAACACGAUAUUUCAAGUCUAUCGACAUAAACACCGUGAUUCUUCUAGCAAUAUAUGUACAAGGAAGCUGCUUUGUGUCAGCCAGAUAAUUUUUUUCUUUGCAAAAGGAAGGCUUAUUUCAAGGAAGAAGCAGGAGUCUAUAGCAAUUCAUUUAUUUCAUAACCAGCAUUUAAUAAUUACAUUUUCCGGUUAAAUCCAUUUAAUAUUCAUUGAAUCAGACCAUCCUUCCCGGCAACCAUUUAGGUAACAGCGGAUGAACUAUAGUGUUUUCCACUGUCCCGAUCAGCCAGACAUUAUAAAAGCAAUACGACUCGCCCGCCUCUAUACAUUAGGAGGUCUUAGCCUCAAACCAGAGAGCAAUUCUCGAAACAGUACUCUUAAGCGCAAGUCAACGAACCCAGGAUCAAACAGAUGAUAGGAUCGAAGAAUGUUCAAACAUACGCUAUCUCUUCUCCCGUAGUAGGUAACCUUUAGAGUCACUCCAAGCAUUCAGUUAAUUAGAUUGUUUGUUUUUCGAGUCUACCCUUACUGCCUGAGUAAAUUGCUUGUUAAAGAAAGGAAGCUGCUGCUCUCGCAGCACCACCGUUUUUGUAACUGUUUUACAUCAAUUUGUUCAAAAAGGAACUUGCAAAAUUAAAAAUUCCUUUUAAAAUGUUUUUAGUUCGCAAAUUACAUAUUAGAAUACCAUUUUGUUGGGACUGAUAUGCCAAAAUCAAAAUGAAAAUCUAAUUGUUUUGUAACCUUCCUGAGGGAGUAAUAUCAAGACGAUUUACUGAGAUAAGUUGACUCACUCUAACGAAGACACUGACAGCACUGGAAACAUCACUAUUUCCGGCUGUGUCACACUCCUAGCUAAUUCAUUUAACUGGGUAAAGUGCUCGUCAAAUAAAACUUCACGGAGGAGCCAAAGUGACUUCUGACAGAUCAAUGUAAUUUUAAUACAGUACAUAUUUAUUCAUAGAGGGAGUCCUCUGAGGCUAUCAAUAUGAGGUCGCCAAAAAUGGCCUGGGUAUGCGAUUGAACGUCGUUCUUUAAGUCUUUCCCACCUUCUAACCGCCAUAUUUACAUAUUGCUGGCAUAUUUACCGUGCUGAAAUCGCUACCGACAACGGCUAGCGAUCAACAUUUUCCAAGACCUCUUGAUUAAUUAAGGUAGACUAACUAUAAGUUACAAUUGUUCUGUAUUGCAGUUUCAUCUGGGAGUGCUAGUAAUUACACGAUAAAAUCAUAUUAUCAUGCUGGCUGUGCUAAUGACCGUGUCACGGAGAAGAUGGCGUCCUUGGACGGCAAAGCUAAAGCCAUGCAUUGGUCUUUUUGUUAUAUCGUAAGCAACCGGUGUUCAUUACAAGGGAAAUGAAUUUUAGUCUGCUUAGGGUUAUACCUCGAGCCCCCUCAACUUUGCAUGGUUGGGGUGACUAACGAGUACAGUGAAGAAACCUCACUGCUAAUACGAAUCAAUAAGAAGGAAAGAUGUCAUAAAUUUACAUGUUUUUACCUUUCGUGGCAGCCUUCGUUGUCUUGUAAAUCUUUUCACCACGGGCGGCUUUCGCCAAGAUACUGCCAAGGGAGAAUUUAUUGGCAGUUUUGUUUAAGGGAUUAACAUAUUUUCCCCUCUUUUGUCUAGCUUUAGCUGAGGUCAUGUCAGACAAUGCCUCGCUGACUGAACAAACAACAUGUAAAGAUUCUGAGUCCGAAGAUGCCUGGUACACUAUUGAUAUCUUCAGCCACGUUCAACUAGAGCUUGAUGAGGGCAAUGAAUCCCACAAACAGCUUUUUCUAUACGUAACUAGAGCUGGAGGAAACAGAAGAACCUUUCUACAGGUACAUAAUUUUCUUAGGGUUCUAGGAUGGGAUAAUGUAGCCGAGUUCGCACCCUUGCUAUUGCCGACGUCAUGGGUGGGUUAUUAAUUUUGUAUCUCCAUCAUAAUGAGACAUGCUGAUGAAGGAAUUAUGAAUCAUAUCAGCAUCAUUCAUCAUCAGCUAAUAAAAGAAACUGGGUAUUUUCAUCGCCAUCAACAUUAUUUUUUAGCUUCCUAUUACAUUGACCCCUAAUCACAAAUCUUGCUAUCUCUUUUUGUCUUCAUGCAUUGUGUAGCACCAAUUUUUAAGGUACUUACGCUCUUCACUGUACUGUGGUCUUUUGACGUCUGUCGACUUGCUAUCCUACCACAGGCCGUAGCUAAUUUUUGCCGUUUCGCCCCAGGUCGAAGAAACACUCUGUUCAAAGAGAGGUUUCCGUAAUAUCUGAAAUUUUAUCAAAAAAAGGGCUAAGCAUCUGUAAAGCAGCAAAGGGGGUAUAUUCUGAUUGAUUAUCAUCGAGAACAAAUGUGUUUUCAGUUAAAAAAAGCACAUCUUCCAAAUAAUUUCAUAUUUAAGAUCUAUUCCAUGCUCAGUUAACCGAAAUAGUUUCUUUACCUUUAGUUUUACUGAUAAGUGUUGAUUUAAAAUUUGUCUUAUUCUCAGGAGCAAAAGUCCAGAAUUCCAAUGAUAACAGUUUAUUCAAACAAUUUCUCAUGGAGAAAAAAGCAGGGAUCAGUGACUCUUGUUGCCAAAUUGGAGAUGGGAUCUUUUCAAGCUGUGAAAAAGGUAAUGCUUAUCUCCCCAGAUAAAUGUGGGCGGCCUUUGAUUUUGCCCAAAACUAGUGGUAGCCAAGAAACCAAAAUUUGAUAAAAUUUUCUUUGGAAAUCCCCGGCCAUCGUUUUUUGGAGACAAGAAGUCUGAAACCUCUUUUAAUUGAUAACUUCAGAGUCAGCUUGCAUUGCAUAUGAAAUUUUAAAAACCAUCUAUAAAUCCUUUCAUUAUUUCGAGAAGUAAUUAAUAAAGAGACGGGAAAAUCAAAGCGCAUUUUCAUCCAAACUGUGGGAUUAAACUUAAUUGCAAGUUCAAACUUACACGGUUGAUCUGGAGCAGCACAUAUAGUUAGUUGUUAGUUAUUAAUACACAUCGGUGGAUGGAGACAGACAAAAAUAAAAAACGUUUUCAGUUCAUGUUCUUAAGAGGGUGUGAAUGGGGUUAACCGACUAGCGACAAAGGGCGAAAAAUAUUACUGACUACCGACAAAAUGAGUAAAAAAUUACCGACUACCGACAGGAAAAUAUCAACCGACUACCGACAUGGGCUGAUAUUAUCAAUAUUUGUUUCCAGAAAAAAGAGCAUUUUGUAUUUAAUCUAACCGUUAUAUAGCUCGAGGAAGUAAGUAACCUCUUUAAAUUUAUGACUCGUCAGAUGGCCUAAGGGAAAGAAUUUCCUUUUUUUGUUGUUGAUACAGGUACAUUACUACAGUCAAUAUCAAAAUCACAAAGUCACACCUUAAAGAUGCUACCGACUUUAUAAAUUUUGUUGAAAAGUCAAAGUGAAAAACCGAACGUUUUUUGCUUAGAUUAAUCCUCAAAGAAAAUUCUUUCUCGUUUAAUGUAAAGAACUAUCAGUACAAACCCACGUUACCGCGAUGAGCACAAAGACAGCAGUUUCCUUUCCUACAUUUUCAUGGCACAUAUUGAAACACAAAGUUUAAGCAAAACCGUCUUUAAACCAACUGUUUGAAAACGCUACAUAAAUGACAUUUUUUCCCAAUGGGACAUAAGUAAACCAGACAUCGUAGGUGCCCUCCUAUGAAAUUCACGGCCGAAAGAUCUGAAAAUGAGACAUUCUUUUUAGAAACGGUUGUAUACCAAGGUACAACAUUCAGCGACGAAAAUGAGAAAAAGCUAUCCUUGACGUAAAGACGCAUUUGAAACGGAAACCUUACAGUAUAUACAUUUUCACCUCUUAUCAUCCACCAAUUGUUAAAGCGCCUGUUUGACAAACGAGAAGCCUUGAGAAUCCUAGGAACAAUCUCCUCUGAGGAAGUAUUUCAGAUUUCAAAAGCGCUUGAUGGACAGAGGCUAACCACACAAUUUUGAAAGAAAAAUUGCUAUUAGAAGUAAAACUCACAGAAAGGAAGGCAGCGCUCCUGAAAAAAAUAAACAACCAGGAAGAAAAAGACUGAAAUUAUUGCCUUUCGUGACACAAUACCAGCCCUUAGUGUCUAUAAAAAAGAAGCUUUAAUGAAAAAAGUGGAAUCUCAUACAAAACCAACCACUACCUUGCCAAAAUUUUAAAGAACCACCUAAAGUGCUAUUUCUUUGAGAAAGGAAAAUUAUGGCAAAGGACAUGCUUGUUAGAACCAAAACAUGAGAGGGAUAGAUGUGCAGCCUGUCAUCCCUUGCAGUUUUUCAAUAAAAAUAAUUUAAGUAUCCAAAAGGCUAGAGUCCAGUAAGUAAUUCAUUAAUUACUUUUUACUGUGCCCUGUAGUCGACAGGGAAACCAAGUUCGCAUUUACAAUAAAAGCUUGGGUGAUUUUGUCAGUACUAAUUAUUCAUUUAAUUGCAAACAAGGAUGGAAUAAACGUUCACGUUUCAUAAAAAACAAGAGUUAAUGAACGGUUUAGGCGCAAUCAAAUGAUGCAUUCUUGCAAGUUUUACUCUUUCCUCAGGGAUCAAAGUCUUGAAAAGUGGGUGAAAUACAUAAAAAUAUCAAUAAUUAACAAGCGUUUUUACUUAUUAACUGAGAUUUUCCGACAACCGGCGAAAAUCGAAAAGUUUAACCGACUACCGACAAAGAUCGAAAAUUUUAACCGACUACCGACAAAAUUACUGAAUUUUAACCGACAACCGACAAGUGGACCCCCCAUUCAGACCCUCUCUUAAGACAGUGUAUAUACAUGUAGAUAAGCACUUAGAACUCACAGGCGCGCCUUUAUCGUCCCUUUCAGAAAGUAACAUGAACAUCUACUAUUAUCUUAUGCAGGUUGAUAGAAGGAAGAUAGAGGAGAUGAGACUACCUGAGAAAAUAACCUUUACUCUGCCACCAUCUGACGCAUCGUUCAUGAAAGUAAAAGCCAAGCUAAUCGAUGAAAACAGUGAUAAUGAGAUCCUUUUGGAAACAGAGCAGUUACACGUCCCACUGUCCUUGGUAAGUAAUUUUAAUCAGUAGUUUUUUUCUUUUUUUUUUUUUUACAAGGCCGUUGUUUUCGUCUGUGUUUCUAUUAGGGAAUGGUGCUUUCACUUGUGCCGUAAAAGAGGACCUAGAAAGCUAAGGGUCUUUAAAAAUUAACAUCCGAUUUCGAAAACUAGAUUAGAAGUACUCAAGAUGAUGUUUGAAAUCUCGAGCUCAUUUCUGUUUGUUGUUUCCAAACAAGGAGUAAUGGACGCCUAAAAGCUAUUCGUUAACGAUAAUCACAUGUGGAGCCAGGAAGAAGAACAUGUAGGGCUCUGCAGAGGAGAGAGGUGUUUCGUAUCAUAAUAAACUUUUUUUUGUUUUUAAUCAUUUUAGCUACCCCAGAUAGACACGAAGCCUGCAGUUGAACACGAACUUGUUAUCCGUGGACCAGCCGAGUCCAGUACAGUAACUGCCGAUGAAGUUACAAGCACGUGACGACAAGUAUAGGUUUUACAUGACUCUCUAAGUCUUCUAAAUGUUGCGGCUCCUUGGUGCAAAUUCAUUUCCCGCCUGUAAAUACUUUGGCACAAGUGUAAAUACGAACGGAGAUAAUACCAGUGCAAUUAGUUUCAGAGGUAUUCGGCAAGCGCUUGUGUAAUUAAAGUGAGUAAAGAGGAAUUUUAUUAGACUCUAUUUUUUUAAGUUUUGUUAAUAUAGGGAUCAAAUCAUUCGUGGCCGUUAUGACACUACGUGAAAGUUUACAUGUAACUCAAUCUUAUCAUUAACCAUUUCUUUAAGGCUCGCGGAUUUUUUAGCAUAGUUCGUUCCCAGGUUUCCUGCAUUUAACCCGCCCCUUUUUUGAGUACCUUUUAUAUGCGUAUCCAAAUCUCCGUCAUUUUAUUCACGAUGUCGAGAGCCUAUCUCCUGAUGGAGGUGUAUUAUUGGACAUUGUGAACAUUGUAUGUAGAAGUAGCAGCUCACCAGGAUAAUCAUGAGGCUCGUGUUAUUAUGAACUUUAAGGAAUAAGCAAGACACCGUGACGAAAUAUGAGUUUAGAUAGAUAGAUAGAUAGAGUUUAGAUACUCUGUUUAUUUCAACCACUUGCAGCAAUAACUGAAUUGUUGGGGAAGGUCAUUGUCACAUACAAUUAACCAUUUGCAUACAUUCACUGAAAUUUAUAAGUUACAAAGUCAUUAAUUCUUCUGGUAUGACCACGUUGACGUCUUGGAAGUUGGACCCUCAUACUGUAGUGAGACUCAAAAGCUGCAGGACAGGGGAUGAUGUUCUUAAGGGGGGACAUUUGGCGUGCAGUAGCCAUAAACCGCUUACAAGCUCCUUCUCUCCUGUCACUAAGAGACUCCAGGCCGGCCAAGACCAAGGCUUCCGCAUAGUCUACCCGGCCAAAUAUUAUUUUGAGGGCUUUCCGCUGUACAGACUCAAUUAAGAUAUAAAGGGAUCGCAGCCCAAACUGGCGAGGCGUACUCAACAACGGAUCUAACAAUACUACAGUAGACUAACACGAGAUCGUUAGUGCCCAGUCCAACUCUCUUGAGGGUCCCCAGCACAAACAAUCGCUUAGUAGCUUUUUUAUGGAUACUGUCACAGUGUUCGUUCCAAGAGAGGUCAUUAGAGAUAAUAACCCCUAAGAGUUUAUAACUAGGUACUCUAUCAAUGACUAUACCAUUACUAUUACUAUACCAGUUUGCAUUGCAUUUUUUCACACAAUUGUAAAUGACAACAACCAUCGCCUUUAUAAGUUAUUACCUGUAUAGCACGAAUCUACUUUUCCACUGGCGCGCGACCUUUUAACAUGCCACAUUUUAAAACCGAC